AUGCAGUUUCUGGACGAUGCGGCUAGACGAUCAUGGGACGCCGCGUCGGUGGGAAUGGCCGGCGUGACGGGAACAGAGCGUCGUCACGGUGACGGCGACGAGUCGCGGCUGAUGCUGAAGCUGCUGAUGCAGCAGCAGUCCAUGCUGGAGCAGCUGCUUGAGGCGCGGCGGUCGGCGGGGGAAGGACAGCGUGGCGUUGCGCCAUGGGUCCGCCCGCAGACCACCCCCGACAACGAGAUCACCUCCGUGGCGGGAGGAGCGGAGGAUGGCGGUGAGAAGCACGAUAUGAAUCAGUAUGAGUGCUACUAUCAGCAGCAGCAGGAAGAAGGGGGGGAGUCAGGGGUGAGUGCGAUGGCGGAAGCACGGUCUGCAGUGGGGAUGCCGGAACUGGAUACGAGUGAGCUGACGAGGCAUUUGGCGCUGCUCCACCUUCCGUCACGUGUUUAG